AUGAGGUUAACAAAUCUCUUCGGCCUCCUCGCCGCUUCCACAAGUCUCGUCGCUGCUGUCGACCUGACCGGCUAUGAGUUCAUCGUCGUCGGUUCCGGCGCCGGCGGCGGAGUCUUGGCUGCCCGUCUCGCCCUCGCCGGCCGCAAAACCCUUCUCAUCGAAGCCGGCGAUGACCAGGGAGCCAACGAGAACUACACCGUCCCAGCCUACCAAGCAAAGUCCACCGAAGACGACGCCAUGGCAUGGGACUUCUUCGUCCGCCACUAUGCCGACGAAGCAAGGCAAGCUCGCGACUUCAAGACCACAUACGAGACACCAGGUGGCGGCGAGUACACCGGCCUCAACCCGCCCUCCGGCUCCAAGAUGAAGGGAACUCUGUACCCUCGCUCUGGCACUCUCGGAGGCUGCACCGCCCAUGAUGCACUCAUUGCUGUCUACCCUCACCGCUCCGACUUUGACUACAUCGCCAGCCUCACCGGUGAUUCGUCCUGGUCAGCAGACAACAUGCGAAACUAUUUCAUCCGGAUGGAAAACAACCGCUACCUUCUCCCCGGUGUUCCUGGCCAUGGAUACAAUGGCUGGUACAGCACCGAGACUGCCCCUCUCAACCUCGCCCUUCUCGACCCUCAGCUCUUGAGCCUUGUCACCGGAGGCGCAUUCGCCCUCGGAAACGAGACAAAUUUAGUCUUCAACAUCGCCACCCUGCUCGCUGGCGACGGUAACAACGUGGCCGCCAGCCGCGACACGACGCCUGGCUUUUACCAGAUCCCGAUCUCCUCCAACGACGCCCACCGUGUCGGUUCCCGCGAGUUCAUCGUCGCCGUCCGUGACGCAAAGACUAUCACCGGCGCGAAGCGAUACCCCCUCGACGUCCGCACUAGCUGUCACGUCACCAAAGUCCUCUUCGACAACUCCUCUCCACCUAAGGCUACCGGUGUAGAGUUCCUCGACGGAAAAUACCUGUACCGCGCAAGCCCCCGCUCCCGCAAUGCCGGCGCCGGCACCCGCGGCACAGCAACCGCCUCCCGCGAGGUCAUCAUUGCCGGCGGCGCCUACAACUCCCCGCAGAUCCUUAAGCUUAGUGGCAUCGGCCCGGCCGCCGAGCUGCGCAAGUUCAACAUCCCCAUCGUUAAAGACCUCCCCGGCGUCGGCACGAACCUGCAAGACCACUACGAAAUCGCCGUCCAGGGUCGCACGCCCGCCGACUUUAGCGCUCUUAACGGUUGCACCUUCGGCUUCAACGGGCAAUCCGACCCGUGCCUCGCGCGCUGGAACACCCCUAUCCUCGGCGACCGCGGCAUCUACGAGUCCUCGGGCUUUGCGGCGACAAUGUUCUACAAGAGCAGCACCACCGAGCGUAACGAGUGGGACGUGUUCGCGUUCGGCGGACCCGUCAACUUUAGGGGCUACUUCCCCGGCUACAGCGUCAACGCGACCAUUGAGCACGACUGGUUCACCUGGGCGAUUCUCAAGUCGCACCCGCGCAACACGGCCGGCUCGGUGACGCUGCGCACGGCUGACCCGCUCGACGUGCCGGAUAUUCUCUACAACUACUUUGAUACCGGCUCCGGCAACGCCGAGGCUGAUUUACAGGCCAUGACGGAGACCGUGAAGCUUACUCGCGACGCGUUCAAGCGGCAGUUGGUGCCCAUCAAGGAGGAGUUGCCUGGCGCAGGCGUCCAGGGUGACGCGGCUGUGAAGCAGUAUAUCAAGGAUACGGCGUGGGGUCACCAUGCUUCGUCGACGUGCCCUAUCGGCGCCGAUAAUGAUCCGAUGGCUGUGCUCGACUCCAGCUUCAGGGUGCGUGGGGUUAAUGGCUUGAGAGUUGUUGACGCCUCGGUGUACCCGAGGAUUCCUGGCACGUUUACUGCCGUGUCUACGUACAUGGUCGGUGAGAAGGCUGCCGAUGUGAUCUUGAGCCAGAAUCAGUCUUGA